AUGGGGGUCGCAUCUGUCUGGGCCUCCAGCCUUCUGGUGCUGAGACUGUUGCUCCUAGUGACUGGGGAUCAGGACACACAGGAUACCACUACCAUGGAAAAGGGGCUUCACAUGCUGAAGUCAGGAUCGGGACCCAUCCGUGCUGCUCUGGCAGAGUUGGUAGCCUUGCCCUGCCUCUUUACCUGGAAGCCACUGCUAGGCACCCUUCGAGACAUUCCUCGGAUCAAGUGGACCAAGGUUCGGACUGCAUCAGGCCAGCGACAGGAUUUGCCCAUUUUGGUGGCCAAGGACAAUGUGGUGCGUGUGGCCAAGGACUGGCAGGGACGGGUGUCAUUGCCUGCUUACCCCCGACAUAGAACUAAUGCUACCCUUCUGUUGGGGCCGCUUCGGGCUAGCGACUCUGGGCUGUAUCGCUGCCAAGUGGUGAGAGGUAUUGAGGACGAGCAGGAUCUGGCAACCUUGGAGGUGACAGGAGUCGUGUUCCACUAUCGGGCUGCCAGGGACCGCUAUGCGCUGACCUUCACUGAGGCCCAGGAGGCCUGCCGCCUGAGCUCUGCCACCAUCGCCGCCCCAAGGCACCUGCAGGCUGCCUUCGAAGACGGCUUUGACAACUGCGAUGCGGGCUGGCUCUCAGACCGCACGGUUCGGUAUCCAAUCACUCAGUCGCGUCCUGGUUGCUAUGGUGACCGCAGCAGUCUGCCAGGGGUUCGGAGCUAUGGGAGACGCGACCCACAGGAACUCUACGAUGUCUACUGCUUUGCCCGAGAGCUAGGGGGUGAGGUCUUCUACGUGGGCCCUGCCCGCCGACUGACCCUGGCAGGUGCGCGGGCACAAUGCCAGCGGCAGGGUGCGGCGCUGGCCUCGGUGGGGCAGUUGCACUUGGCCUGGCAUGAGGGCCUGGACCAGUGUGACCCCGGAUGGCUGGCAGACGGCAGUGUGCGCUACCCGAUCCAGACGCCGCGCCGCCGUUGUGGGGGCCCAGCUCCGGGUGUGCGCACUGUAUACCGCUUUGCCAACCGUACUGGCUUCCCUGCUCCUGGAGCACGCUUUGACGCCUACUGCUUCCGAGCUCAUCACCUUAUACCACAACACAGAGACUCAGAGAUUCCCUCUUCUGGAGAUGACGGGGAGAUUGCGUCAGCGGAAGGGCCCCCAGCCCAAGAACUAGAGCCCAGUCUGGGGGAGGAGGAGAAGGCAAUACCCGACUUCCAGGAGCCUCUCAUGUCCAGCGGAGAAGAUGAAGCCCUGUACUCGGCAUGGACACAAGAGCCUCGGAAGACCCUUGGCCCUACCCCAGGGGGUCCCUCAGUGGCUUCAUGGCUGCUUGCAGGUGCCACAAGCUCCACAGGUGUCCCCAGCCCCAGCAGCAUGGCAGUGGAUAUGGCAGAGACCACACUCUCGGGCACACAGGUCACCUCCACCUCCAUGGUGAAGAGGGGCCGUUUCAAAGGGUUAAACGGUCGACACUUCCAGCAACAGGUCCCAACUGGCCAACUGCUUGGAACAGCAGAGGCCAGUGCCCAACUUCCUACUCUGGAAUUUACUGCUGGUCCCCUGGGGCCUUCUGCAUUCACAGAAGCCUCAGAAAGUGACCAGAGCCAUGGUCACAGUCCCCGGGCCAUUCUGACCAAUGAAGUAGACGUGCCAGGGGCAGGUUCCCUUGGCAGCAGGAGUCCACCAGAGUCCUGGAUGUGGUCCCGGUCUUCAAUCUCACCUACUGUCCAGAGCAUGGAGAAUGGCCCUGGCCUGAAGCCAGAGACAACUGAAGCCCCCAGUGUGAAAUCAACCAUCCACCACCUGCCCUGGUCUCCCUCGGUGCCCUCUCUCCCUCCCUCCAGUCCUGCAGAGGCCCCAACUGUUGCCUUCCAUGAGGCGCCCCCUGAUGACACCUCUCCAGACUUCCCCUUUGUAGCCAUGCUUCGUGCCCCCAAAUUGUGGCUGCUGCCACACUCCACAUUUGUCCCCAUUGUGACCCCCAUUCUGCCCUCCCCAGCUUCCCCACAGGAUGGGGAGGGCACCACUGCCAGGUCUGUCAGCGUCGGAGCCGAAGACCUCGACAUGCUGUCUCAGACCAUCAUGGAUGCCCCAGUUGAAGCCAACCACAAAUCCCCUGCUGCAGAUUCUAGAGAAAUCGGGGGGAUCAGCUCCAUCCAGGCUACCAAGCACCCCAUCUCUGGCCAGUGGGUGUCCUUGAACUCUAGUAAUGUGACCAUCAAUCCUGUCCCCUCUGAUGCUGGCAUCCUGGGGACUGAGUCUGAGGUCUUGGACAUAUCAAGGAGUCCCACAUCUAAGGGACAGGCCACUGUGGGCAAGGUGCUGGCCACCUGGCUACCACUGUCCAGCCAAGAACUGGACACUAGUUCCCAGCCCUCACUGUUGGGAGACCAUGGAGUCACCGUGAACAUGAAACCUACAGUGGCUUUGGCAGGUGGCACCACCAAGGGCCCUCUGAAGGCCACCAUGGAACUGGUCCCUAGAGGUGCUGAUGCCACUUGGGGGUCUGAACCCAAAAGUUCCUUUUCUAACACCCAUGUGGCUAUGAGUUCAAGUAUGAACCAAGGGACCAUAACUGGGGCCCAAGGUAUGCCCACAGUGAACUCCACAAGCUCCGAAGAUCGCCAAGAGCCACAGGACCAGACAGUAGCCCAGGGGUCACCAGGGCCUCGUAGCAGUCUGCCCUCUCUUCCGUGGUCAUCCCUGACCUCCAACAUGGAUGAAGCGGCCUCGGUCUCCUCAGGGGAACCCACUGGGUUGUGGGACACCCCCAGCACCCUGACACCUGUGUCCUUGGGCUUGAAAGAAUCAGAUCUGAAUGUUGUGGCUAAGAGUCCAGGAUUGAAGGCCUUCUGGGAAGAGGUGGCCAGCGGGCAGGAGGACCCCACAGAUCCCUGUGAGAACAACCCUUGCCUGCACGGGGGCACCUGUCGAACCAAUGGCACCAUGUACGGCUGUAGUUGUGAUCAGGGCUAUGCUGGGGAGAACUGUGAAAUUGACAUUGAUGACUGCUUGUGCAGCCCCUGUGAGAAUGGAGGCACCUGCAUCGAUGGGGUGAAUGGCUUCACCUGCCUCUGCCUCCCCAGCUAUGGGGGCAGCCUGUGCGAGAAGGAUACAGAGGGCUGUGACCGUGGCUGGCACAAAUUCCAGGGUCACUGCUACAGGUACUUUGCCCAUCGGCGUGCCUGGGAGGAUGCAGAGAGAGACUGCAGGCGCCGGGCUGGCCACCUGACAAGUGUCCACUCACCAGAGGAGCACAAGUUCAUUAACGGUUUUGGCCAUGAGAACUCGUGGAUCGGUCUGAAUGACAGGACAGUGGAAAGGGAUUUCCAGUGGACAGACAACACAGGACUGCAAUAUGAGAACUGGAGGGAGAAUCAGCCAGACAACUUCUUCGCGGGUGGAGAGGACUGUGUGGUGAUGGUGGCACAUGAGAGUGGGCGCUGGAAUGAUGUCCCCUGCAACUACAACCUCCCCUAUGUCUGCAAGAAGGGCACAGUGCUCUGUGGUCCCCCUCCAGCAGUGGAGAACGCCUCUCUCGUUGGUGUACACAAAGCCAAGUACAGUGUUCAUGCCACUGUGCGGUACCAGUGCAACGAAGGGUUUUCCCAGCACCACGUAGCCACUAUCCACUGCCGGAGCAAUGGAAAAUGGGACCGGCCCCAGAUUGUCUGCACCAAACCCAGGCGAUCACAUCGGAUGCGUAGACACCGCCACCGCCAGCACCGACAUCACAAUCCCCACAAGGAGCACAGAAAACACAAAAGACACCCAGCAGAAAACUGGGAGAAGGACGAAGGGGAUUUCUGCUGA